UAUGCCCCAUGAGGAAGGGCAGCCGCUCAACCUGGCCCUGAGUCCAGAUUCAGUGCAUGGUCAACCUGAAAUUGGUCUUCCUGUUUUAUCAUCUACCCCCCAAAAAAAUCCACAUCUCAGCCCUGGUGGCCAGAAAACCUCCUCCGAUGGCCAAAUACCCUGCUCCAGUGUCCACACAUCCCCCAACAGUGUCCACACAUCCUCCUCUGAUGUCCCCACAUCCUCCUCCGAUGUCCCCACAUCCUCCUCCGGUGUCCAUACAACCUCCUCCAGUGGGCUUGGUCAUAGCCAUCCUCUGCCUUCCUCACCUGUUAUGCAGAACCAAGAUAACUCCAGUCAGUCUUAUAACACCGAUAUUACAAGUCCACUUCCGAAUCAACGCAAAUGCAACUGCAAAUGUGAAAACGUUGCAGUGAGAUUGCAGGAGCUUGAAAAUAGGGUAAACAGACUUGUGAGAGCCCAACCCUCGGCGCCCUCUACACCCAAGACACCCAGAGGCAUACCGUCAAAACUAACUACCUCAGCCCAAAAAUAUGAACAUGUGACAAAGUCGAACAAGUCAGAACAUUUAUUUCAUAAGAUCAUUGAUGACUACAGGAAGUUUCGACUGGGUUCACGGACAGGAAUAAAAGAUAAGGAUAAUGCCAGGCAGGCAGCGAGUCAUGCACUCCGUUUUUGCCUCUAUAUGGCUACUGGGCUACCUCCAAAAAUGGUCUCAAUGGAUAUGAAGUUCCUUCUCCAGAUUGACAAAUUGCGCAUGUGGCCACUAUACCUCACCGAAAAGGGUUACCUCCCAACUACUGUAAGAAACAUGAUGACAAAUGUCACCCUGUUCAUCAGGCACAUGAAGUGCUCAUUCCAGGCGGUCAGCAAAGUCAGAUCUCCUGACUUCGACAGACUCCUCUAUGAGCUUAAGAUGCUUCAGAUGAAUGUGCACAAGCACGUGGUUGUCCACCGUCAGAAGGUGAUGAAAAAGAAGACAGUUCAACUGCUUGAGGCGAAAAAGGAAGUGACAUUUAUGAAGGUGGCCAAAAAGAAAAUUCCUGAGUUGCUUCAAUUCUUACCUGCUGAUGGAAGUUAUGGUAAGGACCAUUGUCAGCUCAUGGGCUACCUCAUGGGCUAUCUGAGCAUCCUUACGGGACAUCGCGCCGUCGUCUUUACCAACAUGACCCAUGAUCAGGUGAUGUCAGCAGACUGCUGGGGUGGUGGCAAGAAGUAUAGGGUUAUGGUGGAUGACCACAAAACUAUGAGCUCAUUCGGGCAAGCUGCGGUGUGCCUAAACAAGAUGGAAUUUGAGUGGCUGAAAAAAGUUGCCUUCGGUAACUGCUGCCUUGGUGCGGACGACAACAAAUAUGUUUUCCACACAAUAUUAGGCAGGUAUAUCGUGAAGCCGUCACUCUACCUCCAUAUGGCUUGGGUGAAUGCUGGACUGACGGGGCCAGUCAACUUUGGCCAGAUCCGGAGCAGUGUCUCUACGCAGGCCAAGAAUCACCUCACUGAGAAGGAGAGGAAGGAGGUGGCUCAUGCGAUGUGCCAUGACCCCACUACAGCAGAAAAAUUCUAUGUAGCUCUGCCAGACAAAGAAAUGGCAUACCAAACCAGAAAACUGAGGAUGAAAGCCCUCAAGGAGGCUUUUGCUAAAUCCUCGCAAGUUAACAAUGACACUGAUGACUCCUCAUCCUUACCAGAUGACAAAUCUGAGGAUACACCGGAGACAAGCUCAGAUGAUGAGGAAGUCAUCUUUGAUGACGCACCUGAGUCAAGCUCAUCAUUGUCCUCUGACGAGAAGUUGACAAUGAUGAAUAGAAGAAACAAGAGGCUUCAUGGGAUUUCUGAACCUAAGGACGAAUCAUCAGAGGAUGAGCCCCCAUCUUUUCCAGCUCCUUCAAGUCAAAAGUCCAUGAAGAAGUUGGACUUUUCAAAUGACUCUUCAGUCCAAAAAAGGAUGUCACAUCUCGUGGUAGUUUCACCUUCCAAGUGUUUUGUGAGGGUGGAACGGAUGAAGAGAUCUUUUGAAAACUUCUAUUCAUACAAAAGAAAGGCAAAAUGCAGAAGGUUGGAGGAAGGAGGAAAAGCACAAAAGUUGAAAUCAACUUUUAAGAAGAGUCGUCUUCCACCCCUAGGAGGAAGAGAGGAGAUUCUGGAAACCCCAGUUGAAGAGGGAGUAGGAAGGGGAGAGAUUCUGGAAGCCCUGGUUGAAGAGACUCCUCUUCCACCCAGAGGAGGGGGGGAGGAAAUUCCAGAAACCCUGGUUGAAGAGGAAGUAGGAAGGGGGCAGAUUGUGAAAACCCUGGUUGAAGAGACUCCUCUUCCACCCAGAGGAGUGGAGGAGGAGAUUCCAGAAACCCCGGUUGAAGAGAGAGGAGGAGAGGAGGAGAUGCCAGAGACCCUGUUUGAAGAGGAAGUAGGAAGGGGGGAGAUUCUGGAAGCUCAGGUUGAAGAGACUCCUCUUCCAACAGGAGGAGGGGGGGAGGAAAUUCCAGAAACCCUGGUUGAAGAGGAAGUAGGAAGGGGGCAGAUUGUGAAAACCCUGGUUGAAGAGACUCCUCUUCCACCCAGAGGAGUGGAGGAGGAGAUUCCAGAAACCCCGGUUGAAGAGGGAGGAGGAGAGGAGGAGAUGCCAGAGACCCCGUUUGAAGAGGAAGUAGACUGGUGGGCGAUUAUGGAAGUUCAGCUGGAUGAGACUCCUCUUCCACCAGGAGGAGAGGAGGAGAUUCCAGAGACCCCAGUUGAAGACAUGCCUGAAACCCCAGUCAUCAACUCCUGUGCAGUUGAAGAUUCGGGAAACCCAAAUUGAAGAGGUCACUGAAACCCCUGUUUUAUAGUUCUUUGUUGUAGUCAAGUAAUCAAGUUUGAGAAAAUAUUAUGAUUAUGUUAAAAAAAAAUUGUCAAUUAUGUUCCAAAAAGACAUUAUUCAUGUAUGACCUUUUCAGGUUACCAGCUAUGAGUCAAUUUUUUUAAUUUUUUUUUAUGAAAGGCAUGAAGCAAUGUCACCUUGUUUAAGUAUGUAUAUUUUGUUAAUUUAUUGGAUAUUUAUAUCUAGACUUUUAUAGAUAUAUUUUUCAUUUCAAAUGCCUACAGCUGUAAGUUCAAG